UCUGAGGCCUUGGCCAGGUUCCCAUGCUGGUUACCAUCAACAGUCAAGGCAGAGAUGCCCAGGCUGUGGCCAGGCCCCGGCCAGCAGAGGACGCAAGAAAAGGACGGAAGCAGCCAUGGGAACCAGUGGAAUUGCACAUGGAUCUUUUCCUGAGAGGCCCCUUCAAGUUGGACACGUUCCUCUCCAGCCUCCUGAGCAAAGUGGAGCGGAGCAGCGGGUCCCUGCGCCUCUGCUGCAGGAAGCUGCACGUUGAGGAGAUGCCCUUCAGCAGUCUGGUAGGGAUCCUGCAGACGCUGGAGCUGGACUGCAUCCAGCAGCUGGAGGUGUUUGACUGGUUCUGGGCGCUGGCGGAGCAGAGCCUGUUCGCCACGCGGCUGGGGAGCAUCUGCAACCUGCGCAGCCUCACGCUGGCCUACUGCCACUGGGCCUUCCCGCCCGAGGGCGAGCAGUCCUCCAGCUGCUUCCUGUCCCAGCUCAGCAAGCUCGGCCACCUCCAGAGGCUCCACCUGUCCUACUCCUACCUCUCAGGCAACCUACAUCAAGUGCUCAGGUGCCCGCUGGCCCCGCUGCUCGCCCUGGGGAUCCGCUCCUGCACACUGCUGGACACCGACAUCGCCUACUUGUCCCGGAGCCUUCACGCCACCUGCCUGAGGAAGCUGGAUCUUAGUGGCAACAACCUGUCCUACGUGGUCCCUGGGCCCUUAGAGACCCUGCUGGCAAAGGUCUCAGGGACACUGCAACACCUGGACCUGAGCCACUGCCGGCUGAAGGACGCCCACCUCAGUGCCAUCCUGCCAGCCCUGUGCCGCUGCUCCCGCCUCAGCUCCCUGGGUCUCUCCGACAACCCCGUGCCCAGGGCCGGCCUGCUGAGCCUGCUGGUGCGCACGGCAGGGCUGGCGGAGCUGAAGCGGGCGCUCUACCCCGUCCCGAUCGAGUGCUGCGUGUACCUGCACGGCCUCUCCUGGGGGCCUGUGAACAGGCCGCUGGGCCAGGUGCAGGCUGAGAUGCAGAAGCUGCUGCAGGCCGUGCAGCGGGCCGACUUGCGGUGGAGCCCCCCACUGCCCUCGCCCUUGCCCGUGAGGCUGGUGCAGCUCAACUGGGGGACCGAGGCAGGGCCCCGGGAACCGUGGUCAGAGGCGGCAGCUGGAAGCUUCCUGUCGGGCACAUGUUGUUUGCAGGGAACAUAA